AUUUGAGGUUGUAUGGAAGAACAUAUGAAAACACCUUAUGACGUGUUCAUAAGCCGUUUUCAGUUUAUUUCCAUAAGUCACAACUUAUAGCAUUUCCGAAAACAAUUUGAGCUAAUCCGAGCAGGGCCAUAAUAUUAUGUCAUUGUAGCUGUGGAGGAACACGUUGAUCUUAUGUCAGAUCUUGUUCAGAAAAUCUCUUCUGAACUUCGUUCUAACCUUCGUCCUGCAAAGGAUAACUUUUUAGGGUUCUUUCAUGCCAUUGAUUGGAAGGAACCCUGGCUACUGGGAUUGUUAUCAUUCUAUGUUCUAUUGCUUCUUGUAACUAUAAUCUCUAGGAAGAAUACCAACUUUCAGAUGUGCUUGUUCCUUUUGACGUUGGCUGGUGUAUAUCUUGCUGAGAGUCUUAAUAGUAUUCUAGGGGAAAACUGGAAAAGCUUCUCUACUCAAAACUAUUUUGAUCCAAGUGGAGUAUUUAUGUCAGUUCUUUGGUCUGGACCUCUUCUUGCAUUCGCUAUGAUAAUCUUGAUCAACACACUCUUUUCCUUAUGUUACUUGAUUGUGAAGUGUAAAAGAGCUGAACUAAGACAUCGUGCAAGGGCUGCUCGUAGUAAGCAGGAAUAGUUGAUCUAUAGGGAUUUCGAUAUUCAGGGAUGUGAAAUAUGAGGGAGUGUAUGAAUGCAAAGGCAGGGUUUAUGAUGGUCAUCAUCUUCAUGCAGAGACAUUGUCGUUUGAUCAUCUCCUGUUACUGGUGUUCGUGUUAUGAUUCAUGCAACUCUUCCGCAAUGGGCGAACCAGGCGCUGCAAUUGUAACCUUAAUGCGUGUAGAAUCCGUGUUUUAGGUAGAUGAUGAUAGCCUGCGAUUUUUGAGGUUCUUGCUAGCUUAUUUUGUUUCAAGAAUUUGUUAUCUUAUAUUUUGGCUUUGAAUUGUACAUAAUAGCUUUGCCUCUGUUUGCACAAUUAAUGUCAUUUAUGUUUGAAACUGUUCAUUCAAAGAAACGUUUAAUAUUAUAAAUAAACAAAGUUGGCAAUGAUUGCUAUUGGGGA